GAACUGACUGACGCGGAAGCAGCUAUGACGUGUGUUGCUGCAAGAUUGAGGAGGAGGUGGCUUUGAACUGUCAACAUUUUUAUACAACUACAAUUAAAAGCAACAACAAUUUAAAGAUUAGAAAUUGACCCGAUAUGAAGACGGUGUUUGUAACUGUCGGCACCACGAGCUUCGAUGAGCUAAUCGAACACAUCACUUCCUCGGAGGUCGUUCAUGCUUUAAAGGCUCGUGGAUAUGAGCGUCUGGUUCUUCAGGUUGGAAGAGGAUCUCUUCUUCCAGCUGCUGACAGCUGUACUCACAUCACACUGGAGGCUUUUCGAUUUAAAGACUCCAUAGCAGAGGACAUGAAGCAGGCUGACCUCAUCAUCAGCCACGCAGGGGCAGGAAGUUGUUUGGAGGCACUUGGUGCAGGCAAACCUCUGCUGGUUGUGGUCAAUGACAAGCUGAUGAACAACCACCAAAUGGAGCUGGCCAGACAGUUACACCUGGACUCUCACCUGCUGUACUGCACAUGCAGUACACUGACAGAGACUCUCUCAAACAUGGAUCUCUCUGUUCUUCAGCCCUUCUUACCUGGACAGCCGAAAAACUUUGCAAACUUUCUAGACAGAGCCCUCGGUGUGCAGUGAAACUGUAUUUAAGAUGUGGAUUGUGAUGCUGCUCAACCAUUGAGUCUUUUAGACUUAGACUUCCUUUUAUUAUUAUUAUUUUUUAUUUUUGUAUGUGAUAAUACUAAUAAUGAUAAUAAUGUCCAAUUUCAAAUCCUUACAAAUCCCACAAAUUAUGUCUACAUUU